UGUUUUUUUCUUUUUAGAAGUUUUAUAAUUUUUACUUUAUGUUUAGUUUUAUACCCUGUUUUGGGUAAAUUUUUAUACUUGGUACCAGGUCUAGAUACAAGUACAAUUUUUUUCUCAUAAAAAUAUCCAAAUUUUCCAGCACUAUUCUUGAAAAGACAACGCUUUCUUUACUGAAUUUCCUAUGCACCUUUGUAGUAAAUUAGUUGUGUAUGGGUAUUUAUAUGGACUCUGUUUUUUUCAACUUCUCUCUUUACCUAUCUUGAUGCCAAUACCACAUAGUCUUGAUUACUGUAGCUUUAUAAUCAAGUCUGGAACUUAGAAGUAUAAAUCCUGUGACAUUUUCUUCAAGUUGUUUUAUUUAUGCUAAAACAUAGUUAUUCUAGUUAUUCUUUGCAUUUCCACAUGGAUUUUAGAAUGAGGUUGUCAAUUUUCACACACACACAAGACACAAAAAAGCCAGCUGUGAUUUUGAUUGGAACUGAGUUGAAUCUACAUCAGUUCAAGGAGAACUUACAUGUAAAUAACAUUCUGAUCACUUCUCGGACUUUUGGCUAAGAUCAAGUGUAGUCUCCGUUCUUAUCAGUUUAAUAGCACUCUGUCAUCCAAUAUAUGAACGCAAUCUGUCUCUCCAUUUUUAUGGGACUUCUUAAUUUCUGUCUGUCAGCAUUAUUUUGUAGUACACAGGUCUUACGCAUCUUGUCAGAUUUACCCUUCUGUGUUUCAUAUUUUUGAUGCUAUUUAAGGUACUUUAAAAUUUCAGUUUUCAGUUGUCUGUUGAUAUAAUUUAGAAAUACAGUUAGUUUAUGUAUGAUGACCUUGUAUCUGGUAAUUUUGCAAAACCUACUUCUCAGUCCUAGUAGUUUUGUAGAUUCUGUCAUAUUUUCUACGUAGAUGAUUAUGUUAUUUGUAAAUCAGUGUAGUUUACUCCUUUCCAUUCUUCAUGUCUUUAAUUUAUUUUUCUUACCUCGUUGCACAGGCGAAAACAUCAGUGCAGUGAUGAAUUUAAGUGGUGAGAGUGGACAUCCUUUCCUUGUUCCUGAUCUUAUGGGCAGUGCUUUCCUCCUAAGUAAUGACAUUCUCCAGGAGCAUCCAUGUUGCUGCAAAUGGCGUUAUGUUGUCGGUUUUUAUGGCUGACGAGUUACCUGGAAGCGUGCUUCCUGCAGUCUGAGUUCCUGAAUGUGUUGGCACCAAGGUAUAAAAUGAUGAUCGUCAUGACCAACUUGGGCCUGUUGUGGAGAUGCAAGAUGCAAAAUAGUAACUUUGAACAUCAAGGGCUAAUUGCCUUUUACAACUCUACGAAGUUCAUUUCCUUAUAAGAAUUUCAAGUGGGCGGAAUGAUACAUACUCCAGGACACAAGCUGGUAGCUGAACCUUCACAGUUCUUUACAUUUUCCCGGGAGCAGUAGAAAAUGGACGUACGUCAGGGUUCAGUGUCAUUUGAAGACGUGACUGUGGAGUUCACCCAGGAUGAAUGGCAGUAUGUAGACCCUGCUCAGAGGACCCUGUACAGAGAUGUGAUGCUGGAGAACUACAGCCAUCUCAUCUCAGUGGGGUAUUGCUUUCCCACACCUGAGGUGAUUGUCAAGUUGGAACAAGAUGAAGAACCCUGGUCCUUAGAGGAAGAAUCCCUAAACCAGAGGUAUCCAGGAUGUUACAGAGUUGAUGUCCACAUUGAGGGGAACCAGGAAAAGCAAGAGAAACCUCUGUGGCAAGUAAUACUCAUUGAUAACAAAAUAUUAAGUAAAGAACAGCAGAAAGUUUUAGAGAAACCAUUUAAUCUCUGUAUAACUCAAAAUUCUUUAGGAAAAAUGGCCUGUAACUCUGACUCAUGUAGAAUGAAUUUGCCAGUUGUUUCUGAAUUAAUUAUUAGUGGUAGAAACUCUUCCAGAAAGAAGGUUGAUUCCAUGAAUGUGUGUGAAAAGUUGCAGCUGGUUAUUCAGCAUGAGAAAACUCUUACUAAAGAGCAGGCUUCUGAAUAUAACAGAAACGUGAAGGCCCUCGGUUACAUGAAAGAUCAUCAUACCUUUCAAACUCGGGAGCAAUCUUUUGAAUGCAGUGAAUUUGGAAAGGUUUUGCGCAAGAAGGCUGCCUGUGUUACAGCUGAGAGUUCACAAACAGAAGAGGAGUCCUGUAAGGAUAAUGAAUUUAUGGAAAACUGUGAUAAAGCAACUCUUUUUAACCACAGGAGAACUGGUAGAAAGGAGAAAUGCUUUGAUCUUAAUGAAUGUGGUGAGUCCUGCGACAGAAGCACUGUUGGGGAGUGCGGUGAGGUUCACACAGCUGUGACGCACUGUGAAGGUAAUGAAGGUGGGAAUAGUUGGGGCAGGAGUUCACUCCCCACUCAGCCUCAGAGAACUGUUACAGGACAAGGUGCUCUUGAAAGCAGUAAGAGGGAAGGAAACUUGAGCCACAGCUCUGCCCGUGUAGUACCUCAGAAGACACAAACUGGAGGUAAACUCUGUGUUUAUAAUGGAUUUACAAAUGCCUCCUACCAGAAAUUAGACCUUACAGUACAUCGGAGAACUCACACAGGAGAGAAAUUCUACCAGUGUGAUAAAUGUGGGAAAGCCUCCCAUCAGAACUCAGCCCUCCGUGUACAUCAGCAUUGUGACACAGGACAGAAGUCAUUUGAAUGUAUUGAGUGCAGGAAGUCCUUUUACCAUAAAGCACACCUCAUUCAGCAUCAGAGGAUCCACCCAGGGGAGAGAUCCUAUGAAUGUAAGGAAUGUGGAAACUCCUUUUGCUCAAAUUCGCAUCCCAUACAUUAUCCUGGAACUCUUACUGGAGUCAGUCUCUAUAAAUGUAGUGACUGUGAGAGAACUUUUGCUGAUAAUUCAACCCUCAGAGGACAUCAGAGAAUUCACACAGGAGAGAAACCCUUUGAAUGUAAUGACUGUGAGAAAACUUUUGCCCAUAAUUCAUCCCUCAGAGCACAUCAGAGAGUUCACACAGGGGAGAAACCCUAUGAGUGUAAUGACUGUGGGAAGACUUUUGCCCAAAAGACACACCUCAAUAUACAUCAGAGGAUUCAUACAGGAGAGAAACCCUUUGAAUGUAAUGACUGUGAGAAAACUUUUGCCCAUAGUUCAGCCCUCAGAGCACAUCAGAGAGUUCACACAGGGGAGAAACCCUAUGAGUGUAAUGACUGUGAGAAAACCUUUGCCCAUAAUUCUGCCCUCAGAGUCCAUCAGAAAAUUCACAUUGGGGUGAAACUCUACAAAUGUAGUGAAUGUGAGAAAACUUUUUCCCAGAAGACACACCUCAGAGCACAUGAGAGGAUUCACACAGGUGAGAAACCCUAUGAAUGUAGUGAAUGUGGGAAAACCUUCUCCCAGAAAUCAUACCUCAGUGGACAUGAGAGAAUUCACAGAGGGGAAAAACCUUACGAAUGUAAUGAAUGUGGGAAAGCUUUCAUCUAUAAGGCAGCCCUUAUUGUCCAUCAAAGAAUUCACACAGGAGAAAAACCUUAUGGAUGUAAUGACUGUGGGAAAACUUUCUCCCAAAGGACGCACCUCUGUGCACAUCAGAGAAUUCAUACCGGGGAGAAACCUUAUGGAUGUAAUGAAUGUGGGAAAACUUUCGCUGAUAAUUCAGCCCUCAGGGCACAUCAGAGAAUUCACAAAGGGGAGAAACCCUAUGAGUGUAGUGAAUGUGGGAAAACUUUUUCUAAGACAUCGCACCUCAGAGCGCAUCUGAGGACUCGCACAGGGGAGAAACCCUGUCAAUGUAAUGAAUGUGGGAAGACUUUCUCCCAGAAGUCGUAUGUUAGUGCACAUCAGAGAAUUCACACAGGGGAGAAACCUUACGAAUGUAAUAUAUGUGGGAAACCUUUUGGCCAUAAUUCAACCCUCAGGGUACAUCAGAGAAUUCACACAGGUAUAAAAUCCUACAAAUGUAAUGAAUGUGGGAAAACUUUCUCCCAAAAGUCACACCUUAGUGCACACCAGAGAAUUCACACAGGAGAGAAACCUUAUCAGUGUAAUGAAUGUGGGAAAGCUUUUUCCCAAAAUUCAACUCUUGGGGUACAUCUGAGAAUUCACACAGGGGAGAGACCCUAUGAAUGUUAUGAAUGCCAAAAAGCCUUUGUCCGUAAGGCAGCUCUUAGAGUGCAUCACACCAGAAUGCACACCAGAAAGAAAACGCUUGCAUGUAGUGAAUUUGGGAAGUUCUGAAGGGAGUUAUACCUUGUUAGACAGCACAGUAGAGGACCCCAUGUCACAUGGACUGGCAAGUUAUUUCCCUUAACUGUUUUCCUUUUCCACUGGGUAUAUAGCUUGUCUUUCCUUCAUCUGGGUGGGGCUGAUCAUAGAGUGUGAUGCUGUUACGUUUAAGCUAAGUCUGGCCUUAAUAAAUCACCUUAAAUUCUUCCUGUCCUGUGUUUUACUGGAAUGGAGAGCUAUCCAUGGCAGACUUGAGUGCUGUGUAUUGAACAUGGUAGAGCACAGGAUGGAAGAAGGUAGAGUCAAUAACUGGGUGAAAGGAAUCUCCACUGAUAGACCUUUACCAAUUUUUUUUAAGCAAAAAUUAAAUUUUUACUGUUUGGCUGUAAGGAUUUUGGUAUAUUGGUUAAGUGCACAUAGCUUAGCCAACUCUCUGUUAGAAUUGGGUGAAACCCUAUGAAUAUAAUAAAUGUCAGAAGACGUAUAAGAAUUUAACCUAUCAUUGUAUAUCAGAGACAUUACAUGGCAGAAAAAAUGUCUGUCAGUAUUCCUGAAUGAUCAGAAACAUUAAAUAAAAAUCAGAAACCUCAGGGAAAAAUACAAAAAAGCCUUUUCUGCAAAGUAAACUUCAUUAAACAUCAGAUAAUUAAGAUUAGACUAAAAUCUUACAUUUUGAUAAACUGAUAAAUAACACUAUUUAACAAAUACUGAGUUUGCUGUAGAUAAGUUUUUUUCUGAGGAAAUGUAUCAGUUUCAGAAUUGAAGAUAAAAUUCUCAAGUAGAACUGUUGUACUAGAAACUUGUAUUAUAUGUAAUACCAAAUUGUUUAGAAAAUAUGUAAGAAUAUUUGCAAACUCACUGUGGAAUGUGAUGUUUUUAAAAUGGAAGAAUAACUUGAAUUCUGUGGUCACCACCAGUAUGUGUGACCAGUCUCUGAGCUAUGUGGUACAUAUAUAUGAGUCUAUGUAACAGAAUCCAUUAUUGCUGGUGAGUUCUGUUAGAAGACAGUAGCUAAACCUGCUCUGGGCCUGUCCACUUUCCCUUUUUUUUUUUUUUUUUUUUUUGUUUGAGUGACUGUCCUCCUUCUGUUGGCUUUGCUCUAACAGCUUGAUGCUAGAUAUAGCGUGGCCUGCCUACUAUGUCUGAAUCUGGUUCUGUUUUUUCUAGAACAUUGGAGAUUCAUGAAAUUUUCUAAGCUUUCUUGUGUGUAUGUAUGUGUGGGAAGGAAACCAUCUGCAUCAGCAAAAGGCUUGUUUAUAGUUUUCAUAUCAGAUGAAGGCAAGGGUGAAAUAGUUGAUAGGGAAGUCAUUUGGUGUAGAUGCAUUCCUUGUGAAUUAGGCUAAAGCUCAGUCAUGCAGAAAAGGGAAGACGAUAGGACUGCAGGCCUAAGAUAGAGCUGACAAAAUGGAGUCAGUGUGGUUCAGCCACAUAUUCCAUACCUGAUAAUCUGUAUGGCCCCAAAGGGCAUCUGAAUCUAAACUAAGAGAAUAUUAUACACUUGUUCUAAGCCUUUCUUAGUGCACCAGAGUUAUCUUAGAUUCUUCCCUAAUGUAACAGUUGCUUAUUGGCUCCCCUCCAUUUAGCAACAAUCUCACAUUGCCCCCAUUUAUAUCAUUAAGUUUAAAAUAAACAUUUCUCGGUGAUGUCAUUGAUAGUGAUAGCGAUAGUGAUGGUCACAAAAUGAGAUGACCAGGGCUUCCUUCUGAGGUCAUUCCCGAUCAAAAGGGUUGGGUUGUAUAAGGACAGAGAAAUACAGCUAUCCCUUCCAGUAGGCAGCAAAUGUGCAUAGUCAGGCCCAGCUUGGUAAAAUAAAGAUUAUCCAAACCAUCAAUCCCUUUGGAAUUCUUGCCAUUAAUCACAGUAAUAGACAUAGGCUUUGGUUUUGGAAUGUUUCCAGGGUCUUGGACUUUAAUUUUAGCCCCACUAUAGGGACUUCCAGAUCUGGCUUUGAAAAAGAAAAUUGUGAAAUAGGGAUAAAUUGUACAUAAAUUCCUUUUUCACUCCCUAUGCCAAGGACUGAAUGUUUGUGUCCCCUGAAAAUUCGUAUUUUAAAGCCUUACUCCCUAGUGUGAUGAUAUUUGAAGUGUGGAAUCUUUGGAAGAUAAUUAGGUUUAGAUGAGGUUAGGAUGGAGCCCCUAUGAUGGGAUUAAUGCCCUUAUAGGAAGGUGCAGAGACCAGAGCUCUCUUCUCCGUGUCAGCACCCUGCUCUCAAGACUUCCAGGCUCCUGAACUGUGACAAACAGAUGUUUGUUAUUUAAGCCACCAGGUCUAUUUAUUGCAGCUUAUCUAAGACAAUCUAUUCCAUCUACCAAAUACUAACACAAAAGCAUAGUAAUUUAUCAAAUCAAGACCCAUCCUUAAUCCCCUCAUGUUAAGUUGCAAAGCACAACACCGAAGGUUUGUAGACCAGUCCUUUGGUCCUUUGUCACCACCUGUCUAUUGAAGCAGAUGUUUUAGUUGCCCAUUACAAUUGUUUAAUAAACCAUUACUUUGAAGUUAAUAGAGAAUAUAAUGUUUCCUUCCCCAUUGUUGCACUGCAUGGGCAAUAAAGUGAAUACCUUCAUCUGAAGAAAUGUAACCAAGAGGAUAAAGUGAUGCAGUAUAUUUUAUGCCAUUUCUUUGAUAAUAUUAGAAGCAUUGGCUUUAAUCAUUGGGCACUUGAAGCCAAACCCAGAAAUGGUAGCAAGUUUUGUGAGUAUCCAUUUAACACCAACCAGAGCAGGAAGUACUUGAUCGCUAACUACUGGAUAUUCUUAUGAAAAUUUAGCUGUUAAUCUUGUGUGGAUUCCCUUGUAUGUGAUAAGUCAUUUUUCUCUUACUGCUUUCAAAGAUUUCUCUUUGUUUUUAGCUUUAACAUACAUAAUUUAACUGAUGUAUCUUGGUGUGAAUCUCUUUGUGUUUAUCCUACUUGGAAUUUAUUGAGCUUUGUAGAUGUGUAGAUAAAUUUUUUUUUCUCAAAUUUGGGAUGUUUUCAGUUAUUAUUUUUUCAGAUUUUUUUCCUGCUGCUUUCUCUCUAUCCUCUUCUUCUGGUACCUCAUUAUGCAGUUAUGCAUAGGGGAUGCAUUUAAUGGUGUCCCACAUUUCUCUGAAGUUCCAUUCAUUUCUGUUCUUUGGAUUAUAUAAUUUGACACAAUUCAUCUUUCAAGUUCAUUGAUUUCUCUGCCAGUUCAAAUCUACUGUUGAGCCACUCUAGUGAAUUUUUCAUUCAGAUAAUGUGCUUUUCAACUCCAGAAUUUCCUUUUAUCAUGUCUUUCUCCUUAUUGGUAUUCUCUGUUCUUGAGACAUUGUCAUCAUAUCUCCUCUCCCUCCUUUAGCAUGGUUACCGUUAGGUCUCUAAACGUAUUUGUAAUCACUGCUUUGCAGAACUGUCUGCUAGCUCCCACAUACGGGCCCUCUCGCAGGUAGUUUCUACUACUUGUUUUUCCUGCAUACGGGUAACAUUUUAUUUCUUUGCUUGUCUUGUAAUUUUUUUGAAGUGGGUAUUUUAGAUAUACUGUAGCCUCACUGGCUACUGAUUCUCCCACCAUGGGGCUUUUUGUGUUGUUUGCUUUUUGUUUUAAUGAUUUGACUGAACUAUUUUAUUGAAGUCUGCCCUCACAGUGUCUGAUGUGACCUCUGAUGUCACUCCUCAGAAAACAUUGUGUUAGCCAUGUGCACAGUCACCCUAGGUGACGGUGGUUUUAGCAAGGCCCUCUUUAUUUCUUACCCUGAUUUCUCUUUUAAGCUGUUUACCUCCGUUGGUGUCACACCCCACUGUUAGCUAAUUCCCAGCGAUUAGUAAUUUCGACUCAUUUCCUGUUGAUUGCCUUAUCAUUUGUGACAGUGUUCUGGGGCAUAAAUUGCUUCACAGCCUGAUCCUCUCUUCAGGAGUAGUUUUUGAAGCCAGCCUUUGAGGUUUUUUCCUGACCCCAGGAAAGCUUUUCUUAGUUGUCUCUUUUCGCUAGUCUUCUUUGGUAAACUAGCUAGCCUAUACUUUAGCUUGCUGUGGUCAUAGAACUACAUGUCUCCUCUUAAUUGUUUACUGCCCAAAUCUCCAUUUCUUUCAAGAGUCUGCUUAGGUUGAAGCUUCCCCAUAAUAUGUUAAAAAUAAAGUCCGAUCUUUGGGGGGAAGCUUAAGAGCUCUCUUUUUAUGGCAUGUUUCUCCCCUGCUAGGGAAAAAGAUCUCUGUACCACUGCUUCAGAGCUGGAGCUGGAUAUAGGGCUCCUCUUCUCUUAGACGAUAUCCCAGCUUCAUGUGGGAGGUGCUGGGCUGGGGAAGUAGCCUCUGGUCUUCUCAUCUUACCUGUACCAAUAUGGGACCCCUGUCCUGUGAGUAGGGUUGGGGUGAGAGCAUCAGGGUCCUGGUAUUUUCAGCCUACCAUGCUUGGAAAAGACCUUUUGCUCUAUGAGUGGUGGCUGAGGGAGGAGAAGGAAGCCCCUAACCUCUUGGAUGCACUUCCCUGGAAUUUAGCCUCUGUGACAAGGAGCUGGGACAGUGAGCUGUGCUAGUGCUUGCCUCUCCCAAGGAGAUACCAUAACCCUUGACUGGAAACUCGGGGUAGGGGGAAUCCAUCUUCUUAGCUACACCCACCCAGAGUGGAGCUUCUGUAACACUGAGUAAUGAGGAAGGACUGGAGAGAGGGAGUAUAGGUCAUGGCUCAAGUUCUAGAAACUCACUACUGAGAUUUUAUAGAUAUUCUUGAAGAUAUUUUUCUUCCUUUUCUAUAUAUUAAGAUAAUAUCCAGAGGCUUUAAAAGUUUUUUUUAUUUAAAUAAUUGUAACUGGUUAUGGUUGUUUCAGUGAAAAAUAUUUAAUGAAAUGUAUCUAGAUACCAAAAUUCGAAAUAUCUGAUACCCCCAGCCUAGUAUUAGCAGGAAUGCCAAGAAGAACAAAAAUGUGACCAAUAAUGAGGAUAAAAACUAAUCACUAUAGAAGACUCACAUGACACAGAUGAUGGAAUUAGUAGACCAAGCAUGUUUAAAAAUCUUUUGUAAUACCUGCUAUUUAAGUUUCAACAUGUGAAGAGAUUAAAAAUUGUCAUUCCUGUCCUUUUAACAAUAAAAGCUGAAGGAAAUGAAAAUCAGAUUUUCCCCUGAACCCUUCAGACAACUGAGGUCACUGGACACACUGUCCCUCCCAAAUCAAGAGAGACAGGCACUUCCAGAAAUACAGUUGAGAUUUUCUUACCAGGUGCAGAGGCCACAGGAGCCAUAAGCUGAUAGGAAUACUUAAAUAGUAACUUUGAUGAAUUACUGGAGGCUGAAUAUGGAAAACUUUGAGAGAGAAAAACUUCUCAAUUCUGAGAGUACCAGUUUUAGGGCAGCUCUGACACAUUGAAAGCUUUACUUCCAGGAAACCCACUAGGUUCUCAUGGUGGAGAUUUGAGAAAGAUUCCUCAUGGCUCUAGUGGAGGCAGAGAGGGGCAGUCAUUAUAGAAUAUACCUAGAGCCUUCUCCAAACAAAGGCAUAUUCUUCAAGACCAAGAAAAAAAUAAUUUUGUCAGAGCUUUCUCCUCAGUAGGGGAAGGAAUUAUUCCCACUCCAGCCCACUUUAGCCUUCUAUCACCUAAGGAGGGAAAAACCAGAGUGUCAACAGGGGUCAGGGCUUCAAUGAAAUAGAUUGAGAAUUCUGCAGCAAGGAAAGAGAGUUGAGGGUUAGGGGGUGUUAUACCAUUGGAGAAGGGCCAGGGACACUUAUAAAGGUCACACACCUGGGACAUAGACUCAGUGAUUUCAUUAGAAUAUUAAAUUCCCUCUCCCCCAUACCACAGCACGGUUCUUACAUAGUAACAGUGAAUUACAACUGAAGGACUUGCAAAACACAGACUCUCUGGGGGAGAGUAAUUAAGAGGAUACAAAAAUACAUGAGAGGAAAUUGAAACAUUUGGUACCCAUAGUUAGAGCAAAUGUUAACACAGUCCAAUUGUUAGCUAUAAAUCCUCGCACCACAGGUCUGUUUGUUUCUAUUACCCAAUACAACUUUUCUGUCUUUCAAUAAAAAAUUACAAGACAUGCCAAAACACAAGAAAAAUAAUAGUCUGAAGAGAUAAAGCACAGCCAUCAGAACCAGACUCGGGCAUGACACAGUUGGAGUUAUCAGACAGAAAAUGUAAAAUCACUGAGAUUACUACAUUAAAGAGUCUGGAAAAAGUAGACAACAUGCAAGAACAGAUAGGUAAUGGAAGCAGAGAGAUGGGAACGCAAUGGAAAAAUCAAAAAGGAGAUGGUAGAAUCUGAUAAAAGUUUGAAAGCUCCUGCAAUGUGGUAACAACAGCAAACCCCCCCCAGCAACCCAAUUAAAAAGUGGAAACACCUUUCUCCAAAGAAAAUAUACAAAUGGGAAAUAAGAACACAAAAAUAUGUUCAGUGCCACUAAUUAAGAAAGUGCCAGUCAGCCCCACAAUGAGAAACCACAUACAUUGAUAUGGCUAUUAUAAAUAAACAAAAAACAACAACAGAAUAUAACACGUGUUGGCAAGGAUAUGGAGGAAUUGUUGGUGCAUUGCUGGUGGGAAUGUAAAAUAGUGCAUCAACGAUAAGUAACAGUAUAGUGGCUCCUCAGAAAUUAAACUUAGAAUAUAAUAUGAUUCUGCAAUUCUGCAUCUAGGUAUAUACCCAAAAGGGUUGAAGUCAGAGACUCAGAUAUGUGUAUGUCAAUAUUCAUAGCAACAGUAUUCAAGCUAGACAAAAGGUGGAAGCAAGCCAAAGAUUCAUUGAUGGAUGAAUGGAUAAACAAUACAUAUACGUAUAUACAUGUGGCAUAUACAUACAAUGGGAUGUUGUUCAGGUUCAAAAAAGAAAAUUCUGAUACAUGCUACGACUUAAAUCGUGUUAGCUUACUAGGGCUGCCAUACGAAAGUAUCUCAGACUGGGUGGCUUAACAAACACAUUUUUAUGUUCUCACAGUUCUGGAGACUGGAAAUCCAAGACCAUGUGUUCUUCUGACAUUUCGCUCCUUGACUUGUAGGUGACCAUCUUCUCCCUCUGUCUUCACGUGGUCUUUCCUGUGUCUGUGUCCUUACCUCCUCUACUUACAAGGAUGCCAGUCAUACUGGCUUAGGGCUUGUGAUGUACAGUUUGUGUCCCCAUAAAAUUCAUUUGUUAACCCUAAUCCCAAUAUGAUAGUAUUUGGAGUUGUGGCUUCUGGGAAAUUAAUUGGGGCAUGAAGGUGGAGCCCUCAUAAGUGGAAUUUGUGCCCUUAUAAGAAGAGUACAGAGAGAGACAUAGCUUUCUUUUCACUAUGUGAGGACAUAGCAAGAAGCUGGCCUUUUGUAAACCAGGACAGGGGCACUCACCAAUAACCCAAGCCAUCUAGUCUAUAGUAGUUUGUUACAGCAGCCUGAAAUAAGGCAGGGCCCAUCUAUAUGACCUUAUUUUACGUUUAUUACCAUUUCAAAGCCUCUGUCUAAAUGCAGCCACAUUGUGAGGUACUGGAGGGUGGGGUAGAAUUGGGGUGGGGAUAUAAAUUCAGUUGAUAACAUGGAAGAACAUUAAACCAUUAUGCUAAGCCACAAACAAAAGGAUAGAAUAUAAUUCCAUUUAUAUGAGGUACCUAGAACUCUAUGACUCUAUGAGGUUAGACUCAGACAAAAAAUAGAAUAGUGGUUACUAGGGGCUGGAGAAAGGGAGGAAUGGGGAGUUAUAUUUUAAUGGGUUUAGAAUUUCGAUUUGAGGUAAUGACAAAGUUCUGAUGAAGAUUUUAUGUUGUGAUGGUUGCACGAUGUGAAUAUAUAUAUUACUGAAUUUUACAUUUAAAAUGAUUAAAAUGGUAAACUUUAUGUAAUAAGUAUUUUGCCACAAUGCAAAAAAUGCUAGAAAUAUAGCAUACAGUGACAGAAGGGAAGAAUGCCUUUGAUGGGCUUACUAGUAUAUUUUGUCAUAGCCAAGGAAAAACUUGGCUUGGAGAUAUGUCAGUUUAUCAGAGGAGGAAUAAGUAAAAUUAAAUAUUUUAUUUUUCAUAUUCUUAACUGAUCUAAAACAUAAUUUUUUUAAAGCAACAAUUGUCACAAUGUGUGAGUGAUUAUAAGGGGUGUGUGUGUAUAUAUAUAUAUAUAUAUAUGAAAUAAUAUAUAUUUCAUAUAUAUAUGAAAUAAAUGACAGCAAUGUCACAAGGAGUAGUCAGAAGAGAGUACUCUGCUAUCUGAACUACAUGUGAAGUUAUAUAGUGAUAUUUGAAGGUGGACUUAGAACACAAAAAUGUAUAUUGUAGACUGUAGGGCAACCAUUAAAAAUUCUUACAAGAAAAGUAUAAUUCUUUUCACAUUUCCCCCACUUCAUUGAGUUAUAAUUGACAAAAUUGUGUAUAUUUUAAAGGUAUAAUGUGAUUGUUUGAUACAUGUAUACAUUAUGAAAUAAUUACCACAAUCAAAUUAAUGAACUCAUUCAUCACCUCACUCAUUCAUCAAAGAAGUUAAGACACAACAAUGUAAACUACCUAUAACUCAAAAAAAAGUUUUUUUUAAGUUAGCUUUUUGUGUAUGAAAAAUCUGAAGACCUAGUCUCUUAGCAAAUUUUAAGUAUACAAUACGGUAUUAUUAACUAUAGUCAACAUGCUGCACGUUAGAUUCUUAGAAGUCAUUCAUCUCAUAACUGAGUGUUUGUACCCUUUACCAGCAUUUCCUCCACAUUCUGGCAAUCUCCAUUUUACUCUCUAUCAGUUUAACUUUAUCUCUUUUUAUUUUUUUAUUUUUUAUUUUAAUUUUUUAGACAUCUUUUGUUUUCUAUUUGUUUAUUUUUUGAGGGGAGGUUAUUAGAUUUUUACUCAGUUAUUUUUAAUGGAGGCACUGGGGAUUGAACCCAGGACCUCAUGCAUGCUAGGCAUGUGCUCUACCACUGAGCUCUACCUUCCCUCCUGUUUUUCUUUUUUAUAGAUUACACAUAUGUUUAUGUAUUGUCUUUCUCUGACUUAUAUGGUAUAAUGCCUCCAAAGUUUAUCCAUGUUGACAAUGGCAGGAUUUCCUUUUUUAAGGAUGAAAUAUAUAUCACAAUUUCUUUAUACAUUCAUCCAUCAGUAGAUACUAAGUUUAUUUCCAUACCUUGGCUACUGUGAGUAAUGCUGCAGUGAACAUGGGAGUGCAGAUAUCUCUUUGGGAUAAUGAUUUUAUCUCCUUUGGGUUUACAACCAGAAGUGGAAUGCUGGAUCAUAUGUACUAUGUUUAACUUUGAGGGACCUCUAUAUUUGCCUCCUUAUGUAAGGCAAACAUCUUUUAGAUACAACACCUAGAGAGUGAUAGAUAAAAUUUAAAGAAUAAUUGAUAAAUUGGACUUGGUGAAAAUUAUAAAGCCUCUGCUCUUCAAAAGGCAUUAUCAAAAAGUGAAACUGUUUCUUUUUAAAUUGAGAUAUAAUUGACAGAUGUACAACAUGAUUUGAUAUAUAUUUUGAAAUGAUCACCACCAUAAGUCUAGUUAACAUCUAUCACUGUACAUAGUUACAAAAAAAAUUUCUUGUAAUGAAAAAGAAUUCUAAGAUCCACUUUCCUAGCAGCUUUCAAAUAUGCAAUAAAAUAUCACGAACUAUAGUCACCAUGCUAUCAAUUACAUUUUUAUAAGCUAAUUAUUUUCUAUCUGGAAGUUUGUAUCUUUUGACUCCCUUUACUCAUUCCUCCCACCCUCCACCGCUGCCUCUGGCAACCACCAAUCUGUGCUCUGUAUCAAUGAACUUAGUUUUUGUUGUUGUUUUUAGUUUUGUUUUUGUUUUAAAUUCUACAUAUAAGUGAGCUCAUGCAGUAUUUGUCUUUCUCUGUCUCACUUAUUUCAUUUAGCAUAAUGCUCUUGUGGUCCACCCAUCCCGUUGCAAAUGGCAAUAUUUCAUUCUUUUUAUGACUAGUAUUGCACUGUGUGUAUAUAUAUAUACCACAUCUUUAUCCAUUCAUCCAUUGAUGGCCCUAGGCUAUUUCUAUAUCUUGGCUUUUUAAAAUAAUGCUGCAAUGAACACAGUGGUGCAUAUAUCUUUUCACGUUAGUAUUUUUGUUUUCUUCAGGUAUAUACCCAGAAGUGUAAUUGCCUGAUUAUAUGGUAGUUUAAUUUUUUAUUUUUGAGGGACCUCCAUACUGUUUUCUAUAGUGGCUGCACUAAUUUACAUUCCCACCAACAGUGCACAAGGGUUCCUUUUUCUCCACAUCAUCACUCAUACUUGUUAUUUCUUGUUUUCUGAUAAUAGCCAUUCUAAUAGGUCUGAGAUGGUAUUUCCUUGUGGUUUUGACUUGCAUUUCCUUGAUGUUUAGUGAUGUUGAGCAUCUGUUCCUGUCAGGUCUUAUAUUUAAGUCUUUAAGCCAUUUUGAGUUAAUUUUUUUAAACUUUCUAUUGAUUUAUAAUAAUUUUACAAUGUGUCAAAUUCCAGUGUUCAGCACAAUUUUUCAGUUAUACAUGAACAUAUAUAUAUUCAUUGUCACAUUUUUUUCUCUGUGAGCUACCAUAAGAUCUUGUAUAUAUUUCCCUGUGCUACAUAGUAUAAUCUUGUUUAUCUAUUCUACAAUUUUGAAACCCCAUCUAUCCCUUCCCACCCUCCGCUCCCUUGGCAACCACUAGUUUGUAUUCUAUGUCUAUGAGUCUAUUUCUGUUUUGUAUUUAUGCUUUGGGUUUUUUUUGUUUUUGUUUUUGUUUUUUAGAUUCCACAUAUGAGCAAUCUCAUAUGGUAUUUUUCUUUCUCUUUCUGGCUUACUUCACUUAGAAUGACAUUUUCCAGGAGCAUCCAUGUUGCUGCAAAUGGUGUUAUGUUGUCGGUUUUUAUGGCUGAGUAGUAGUCCAUUGUAUAAAUAUACCACAUCUUCUUUAUCCAGUCACCUGUUGAUGGACAUUUAGGCUGUCUCCAUGUCUUGGCUGUUGUAAAUAGUGCUGCUGUGAACAUUGGGGUGCAGGUGUCAUCCUGAAGUAGGGUUCCUUCUUCCCACUAAAAUCUGGGACAAGACAAGGAUUCCCACUAGCACCACUCCUAUUCAACAUAGUCCUGGAAGUCCUAGCCACAGCAAUCAGGCAAGAGAGAGAAAUAAAAGGGAUCCAAACUGGAAAAAAA